AUGUCUGAUCAUCCUCGACGCGCGAUCCCACCGCACGAGCCCCAAGUAAAUACCCUGAUUGCUAAAUCCAGAUCCCAACGCCAUGACUCUGCACCCACGCCCUUGUUUUCGGCCCUUACCCUAAGCCAUCAGUUACGAGUUUACCCCAGAAUCCGCGUGGCGGGCCCCCCUCCGCCACGAAGCUGGGCGUAUCCUACCUCUACUUCUGUGGGAUCGGCUGUCUCAUCGGGUGCGACACCUGACCCCCAAUGGCGCGCGCAUGCCACGAGAUGGAUAUUCUUGCACCUUGACCAACCGGGCCUAAUUCCACAUGCAGUAUCACACUUGGAUGAAGGGCAAAAUAUUUCGGAUAUACUGGCGGUACCCACGUUACGCGAGAUGUGCGUUCGGUCCUUAGUUUCAUUGGUCCACAAUUCGGACGCGGAAGCCCGGUCGACGAUUCACGAGAAUAUAUUGGAUCCGGAUCUCCCGGGACACUUGCGAAGGUUCAUAGUGCGUUAUAGUGCUAUACACUCCCCGCUUUCCUGGAUUGCACUGGCCCAACUAUGGGGCAUCGAAUAUGGAGAACAAGGUGCUGAUGGAGAAGUGAUCCUUGUCGGUCCGGACGCAGGCGGGCCGAUGGUGGCUGCUUCAGCGAUCAAGCAAUUGCUUGCACCACCAGACAUCGAGCCGGACACUCAAUCUGAGAAUGAAGAUUACCUGACCUGGGACGCCGAAGAACAUACAUCCGCACCCCCAAUGAAAGCGUUCAUCUCCAUUACACACCCAAUUUCGAAGUAUCUCACAUUAUUUCCUCCGACAAUCACUCACCUGGCCCUCGUCGCAAUUCCACUCGAUCGUGAUGUGACCCCGCGAAUAGUAAUGGCCAGACUAUCCCAUGGGCUACGUCUGCUGGAGGCGCUCGACUUGAGCUGUAACCCAUGGUUGGAGACAGAUACCAUCAAUUCGGUAGACUGGCCAACACGUUGGUUGCGCUUACGCUUUGCUGCAUUUAUCAACUGCCCAAAAUUAAAAGACCUCGAAAGUUUAGACAAUGUUAUAAACAGCAAAAGGAGUUGGGAGAGGUCGGUUCAUAUCGAUUGGACAUAG